CCAGAGAUCUGGAAUCAGUCUGGAGUAACGGCCCCUCACAGACCCAGAGGACUGUUUAUAGAGUGCUUUGUUGGCAUUCUCCGUUCGUUGUCAGCCCUACAACACCAGCGACUCUGGCUCCGUCAGAGAGCACCGUGUGCCCCUGGUGUGGGUCUGGGGAGCUGAGGCGGGUGCAGAGUGGCCAUGGCUGUGUGCUCUGCCUGCAGCUUCGGGACAUCUGCAAGGCCAGAUCCAGCCUCUUCAGGAGAAUUGGGAAGCCCAGCUCCUUUAGUGGCAGAGUUUUCCGAGUCACCUUCCUGAUGCUGGCCGUCUCUCUCGUGGUGCCCCUGUUUGGAGCCAUGGUGCUGCUGGAGUCCCCGAUAGACCCACAACCUCUCAGCUUCAAAGAACCCCCUUUCAUGCUUGGUGUUCUGAAACCAAAUACGAAGUUACAGCGGGCGGAAAGGCUAUUUGAAAACCAACUUAUUGGGCCAGAAUCCAUAGCAAAUAUUGGGGAUGUGAUGUUCACUGGCACAGCAGAUGGCCGUGUCCUAAAACUUGAGAAUGGGGAAGUGGAGACUAUCGCGCGUUUUGGCUCAGGCCCGUGCAAAACUCGGGAUGAUGAACCUGCUUGUGGGAGACCCCUGGGGAUCCGGGCCGGGCCCAAUGGGACUCUCUUUGUGGUUGACGCAUACAAGGGACUAUUUGAAGUGGAUCCCCAGAAACGUAAGGUGAAAUUGCUGCUGUCUUCUGAGACUCCUGUAGAAGGGAGGAAAAUGUCCUUUCUGAAUGACCUCACGAUCACCAGAGAUGGGAAGAAGAUCUAUUUUACAGACUCCAGCAGCAAGUGGCAAAGACGAGACUAUCUACUGCUGGUUAUGGAGGGCACGGAUGAUGGACGCCUGCUGGAGUAUGACACCGAGACCGGGGAGGUAAAGGUCUUACUGGACCAGCUGCGGUUCCCCAAUGGUGUGCAGCUGUCCCCUGCGGAGGACCACGUGCUGGUCUCGGAGACCACCAUGGCCAGGAUCAGAAGAGUCUACGUAUCUGGGCUGAUGAAGGGAGGAGCUGACCUGUUUGUGGAGAACCUGCCUGGAUUUCCAGACAACAUCCGGCCCAGCAGCUCGGGGGGCUACUGGGUCAGCAUGGCGACUAUCCGCCCCAGCCCUGGCUUCUCCUUGCUGGACUUCCUGUCUGAGAGGCCUUUCCUUAAAAGGAUGAUCUUUAAGCUGUUCAGCCAGGAGACACUACUCAAACUGGUGCGGCGGCACAGCCUGGUCCUGGAGCUCAGUGACAGCGGGGCCUUCCGCAGGAGCCUGCACGACCCCGAUGGCCAGGUGGUAGCCUACGUCAGCGAGGCACAUGAGCACGGGGGCUACCUCUACCUAGGUUCCUUCCGGGCCCCCUUCCUCUGCAGGCUCGAUCUCCAAGCUGCUGACCAGCCCUGAAGCCCCCGCCGGAGCCAUCUGGACCCUGCGCCCCAGCCUCCUGUACCUCGUUCUCCCUCCAGGGUGGCCCGGGAUGGCCCCCACCGAGGUGGCUUCUCUGAGGGGGAUGCAUAAUCCCUGCCCCGGGAGAAUGCCUUUCUGCAAAACCACUUUCUCUCUUACAAAACUUCUUGGUUCAGUAGUUCCCUGGGUCUCAGGAGACUUGAUGCACUUUGAACAGGACUCAGGGUUUGGUGGACAGAGCUGCAGAAACUGUCCAGGGAGCACGGACUGGCCUCUGGCUCUGUCUACUUGCUUCAGGUCUUUAUUGUAGAAGGAAGUCAGUCAGGUCUCUCUUUGUGGUGGGGGUGGGGGGUGGGGAGCUGGGGGUGUAAUCCAGAAAAGGUGAGGAGGACUCAGCACAGUCGUGGUAGGUGCUAGGCCUGUGCUAUCCUGAGCUUGGGUGUCCUCUCCUAUACUUCCAAGUUGUCACUUGCUCAGCUCCCUGCCCUGCCCUGAGCCAGAGCCCCGUCAACCACCCUGUCAGCCACCCAGACAGGGGCGUCAGUGAGGAGGCUUGCUGGCAGGAAAAGCUGUCUCUAGGCAGCUCAGUGAGCCCUCAGACUGAGUGUCCUGGAGACCGGCUGAGGAAGGCCCUGCUCAUGCCCCUCUGCUGUGACCUCCAGACCCUUGGAUGUGAGUAACACAUGUGCUCCAUUGGCUGAAGUGUCACAGGUGUGAAAUUGCUACCCUGAUAUCUUGACAAAUAUGUCUACACCCUGGUCAUAACUUUGUCAGGAAGAACCUUAUAGUCAUAUUAGUUAAAUGGACUUUUCUCUUGAAUGACCUUUUUUGAUGGGUGUUGGUAGGAAAAUAUAUCUUUUUUUUUUUUUUUUUUAAAUCAUUGCUGGGACUUUACCAUUCAGAACCAGCUUGUUCAGACAGGAGACAGAGGCAGAGAGUGAGACACCCCAGCACUGAAUCUUCCUCAGGCUCCAACCUGGGUCCUGCAUGUGGUGAAACAGGUACCCUCGCAGGUGAGCUUUUGGCCCUUACUCAGAGCCACUUUAUCAGGGAUAGAUCUAGUGUCAGCAGGGGGACCCUGUUCUGCCCAGGAUCUACUGGGAGGGUUGAGUGGUCACUGAGCCCUCCCUCCACACAGCCUCUGUGCACAGACGGGGCCCUCAGGCAGCUGGGCGUCCUGCCGCGCCGUUGCUCUCUGUUCUGUGGAGGGCUGAUGCCAGCUUGUCUUCUCUCCUGGAGGUCUGGGAAACAUGCAAUAGAUGGUAUCUCGGGAAUGUUUCCUAAUAACUUGACAGAGACCUCAAAUAGGUGAUGUUGAUGUUGCCGGGUGGUGACACACCUGGUUGAGCGCACGUUACAGUGCACAAGGACCUGGGUUCAAGCCUGCGAUCCCCACCACAGGGGGAAAGCUUCACAAGUGGUGAAGCAGGACUGCAGGUGUCUCUCUGUCUCUCCUUCUCUACACCCCCCUUCCUCUCAACUUCUGGCUGUUUCUGUCCAAUAAAUAAAGAUUAAAAAAUAAUAAAAUAGGUGAUGUUAUUAGAGUUAAGAGAGCACUGAGUGUCGUGGGUACUUAGCACCCUCUGUAUCUGAUUGCUCUGGCCAGUUGGCACCUUUGCCUCCUUUCCUGGCAUCCCCUUGCCCCCCACCCCCAUAUUCUGGCCUGGCUUCACCUUCGGGGAAGAGUCAGGAGUCUGACUUGAUGGUCUUCUGCCAUCUUCUCAGGAUGGCUGUAUUGUGUGGCAACUAGAGCCAGAGAUUGGCUUCAGUCUGAUGGGACCCCAGAGUGUGUCAGAUGAAUGACUUUAAAUAUAUAACUGUAGGGAUGAAGAUGUGAGUAGUGAUUAUAAAGUAUUUAAAAAUAAUAAUGGUACAUCUCAUAUUGCGAAUACAGGAAGAAUAAAGUAAAAAUCUGAUCCUUUUAUCAUAAAGAACAAUCUAAACACGCUGACCUUAGGAACACGUUGGCUUCCUGACUGAGAACAGAGGGCUCGGCUUUGAAACACUUUAUACUGAUACAAACAAGUCGGUAAAUGGCUUUUCACAGUUUUCAGCCAAGGAGUCUUGAUUUCGACUCAGUGUUGGCUCUCUGUCUGAGUGUGAUUUCCUGGGCUCCAUCUGGUGAUUUGACAUAGUGGGGUGCAAACUUAGAACCUUAUUAGGUUUGAGUAUGUGACAUGCUUUUAUUGCCAACAUAAAAUGGGCCUGCUCUGAUGUGAAUUAUUAACGUGCUUUUUAAAAUUAAAUGGUUCAUUUGC